CAGCAAAUAAAAAGAGGUUAUGUUUGUAUAAUUGGUUGCAUAACUAAAUAAACAUAACCUUCAAAGAUAUGGAAGAACUAAUCCAAUACGAUUUAAAUGGUUGCGAAAAUAUUUUAAAUCAAAUUGAAAAUGAAAAUAAAAAAUAUGAAUCAUUAUCCAUAGAAAACGAACGAUUAAAUAGUAGAAUUUCCGCAAUAUCGUUAAGUACCAAGAAAGAAUUAGUUAAAGAUAACGUAUUUAAAUGCAGGGUAAAAGUAUUCAAUUCGAUUUUUGCUGUUCAUAAUCUUCUCUCGGAAAAAAUAUCUCUUUAUGAACUAGAAAUGGCAAUUCGCCACAAAGCCAAAAAAUUCUAUUUCGUGGAAAUAUAUAUCGCAAAUUCUUUCCAAAAACGUAUUAUUCAUCAGAAUUGGUUGAUUAGCGCUUGUGUGAAAAGUUCCAAGAAACAAAUUGGUAAAAGCAUUAAUGUUAAAAGGAAAAUUACAAGUCCUGUUUGUAUGUUGAUUCCGUUUGAUGAUUCUAAUGAAGAAGCGACUUUAAAAGUUUGGAUAGCUUGGCCUGAAGGAACCGUGUGGCCUUAUUUACAAAUCGCUCAAAUCCCUAUCAAUAUUUCUUACCAUUUUGAUGUGAAUAAUUUAAGUCUUAACACAACAAAUACAAAAAUUUUUAGUAUUUAUAAACUUUACGACAUUUCCGCUUCUUUUAUCGCAGAAACAAUUUGCCAAAGUCAACUUUAUUGCGCAGGAGAAGCAGAUUUAUUUUUGGAGACUAUUUUAAGAAAUUGUUAUCAUAAUUUAGAUCUUAGAGAUCAAGGAUCAUUUAACAGAUCAAACGAUGUGAUUACUGUUAAGAUUUCAGUUGGAAGUACUCAGAAUGUUGAAAUCAAAUUGGAUUUAGUUAAUCAUAUAUUGAGUAUGCAGGGAAAUUGUAGAGAUCUUUAUUUGUUGAGGAGGUAUUUUUGUAAGGAGAUGUGUUUAUCGAUUAAAACAUUAACAGAAGAUGUGUUGAAAUCUUUGAAACAGUGGAAAAGUGAUUUGAAGAAUGAUAAUGAAAAAAUAAUAAAUGUAACAAGAAGGAAUAAUGCGAAUGAUAUUUAUUUAGAAUUAAGACCUGUUGAACCACUUAUAACAAGGUUGAUGGCAAUUACAGUGGAUUAUUUUAAUACUGAUACUUUAAAGAGUUUUUUUGAGACAAUCUUGAAGAUAACUUGCACUAUAGUUUCAUGA